CGUAUCGCCCUGCUUCCGUUACGUCAGAUCGAACAUGGCGGCGCCCCAUGCCGCGGCCGGCGUUGAUGGAGGCUGCAGUGAAACAGAGCUUAUUCCAUCAGAUUCAGACCCCAAGGAUGUCAAGAGACCCCAGUUUGGGACUCGUUUCCUCACGGACCCGCGUCAGGUCUUUCAGCACAACGCAUGGGAUAAUGUAGAGUGGACUGAGGAGCAAGAAGCGUCUGCCAAGAAGAAAGUUUCAGAAAAUAGUCAGCCCCUACCUUCAGAGAAACAAGAGGAAUACGACAACCGGGCGAAUGAGUACUGGAACGAUUUUUACACAAUCCAUGAGAAUCGUUUCUUCAAAGACCGUCACUGGCUCUUCACAGAGUUCCCAGAGUUGGCCCCACAGUGUGGCCUUAACCAUGAGUCCAAUCCAGAGGACGCUUGUACGGGAGAUGGACAGCAGGAUGCUCUCGGUGUCGAACCAACAAGGGGCUUGGCAGCUUUGUCCCUCGCUGAUGGGGACCUCCCCGGCUCCUCUGCCACAUAUCGCAUUCUGGAGGUUGGAUGUGGAGUAGGAAACACAGUCUUUCCAAUUCUGAAAACCAACAAUGACGCGGGACUAUUUGUUUACUGCUGUGAUUUUUCCAGCACUGCAGUGGAGUUAGUCAAGACUAAUCCAGAGUACGAUCCUGGGCGCUGCCUCGCCUUUGUUCAUGACUUGAGUGAUGUGGAAGCUAAUUACCCAGUACCCGAUGGAGCCCUUGAUGUUAUUGUGCUAAUCUUUGUGUUGUCAGCUCUGCAUCCCAGCAAGAUGCAGGCAUCAAUCACUAGAUUAGUGAGGUUGCUGAAGCCUGGGGGAGUGAUGCUGCUCCGGGACUACGGACGCUAUGAUAUGGCACAGCUUCGCUUCAAGAAAGGAAGGUGUCUUUCAGAAAACUUUUAUGUCCGGGGUGAUGGUACAAGAGUAUAUUUCUUUACUCAAGACGAGCUCCACGAAAUGUUCACUGAGGCAGGACUUGAGAAAGUGCAGAACUUGGUUGACAGACGGCUACAAGUGAAUCGAGGUAAACAGCUUACCAUGUAUAGGGUGUGGAUCCAGUGCAAGUACCGCAAGACUCAGCCACCUGAGACGCAAGGGCAGUGAAAGAGAAGAAACCCUGCCUGCUUCGAACUUCAAUCACAACUGAAACUUUGAGCUCAAAUCAAAGCUGCUGGCCUUUUUUUUUUUUUUUUUACUGAGGAUGUAUGAAAAUGAAAUGCUUUAUCAUAAUUGAGAUAAAAGGAAUGCCACAAGAUAGUUAUAUGCCAUAAAGGCUGUUAACUUCAUCAGCUGACAUUAUCUUCAUGGACUUGUGUUAAUUUUUGUCUCUGAUGGUGCUUCAAUUCUGAAAGAAAUACUACAUCUAUUUUUUUUUGCUGAUGAUUUCAGUAAUCAGCGAGAGGGCUGGUUACCCCGAACAAUGUUUAUACAAUGCCAAAUGCUGUUUUUCACGAGCUGAUGUUUUAAAAUCUACUGCAUGAUUUUAAAGAUAAAACUUUACAACCGUUUUUACAUGUCGACUAUAAAUCUUUUAUUUUCUACUGUAAUUCAACACUGAUCAAAAGUGUUUUGUUUAAGAAUUGAAUCACUUUCUUCAUGAUAUUUGUCCCUUCAUUACUUUCCACUGUAGUUUCUUUAGUAUUAGACACCCAUUCAUUCUUUAAUGCCUACUUAAUAAAUAAAACAAUAACUCCUUUUUUUUUUUUUUUUCACAAUAUAUAGUGUUGGUAUGAACAUAAUGAACAUAUGAAAUAGCAACUUUCUGACAAGUGAACAUUUUGGUGGUUUUGUGGGUGGGCUUAGAUAAAUUGUAUUGUGUACGAGGGAUCUGCCAUUGGGGCAGGCGUGGACUGAACGAAGGUGAAAAUACUUGGAACAAUCUCACGAGAAUAUAUGAGAUUUUACUGAUUAUUGUUUACAUUGCAAAAAAAAACAUGAGAUUCGAACCGAAUCGAUCCGGAUUCAGGUGAAACAGCCUGUAACAUCACAACUUCCGAAACAGAUUGGUUUCUCCCCUGCGGCGAGGAAGGAGAUCGGAGCUGAACUUCGUGUUGAUCCGAGCUGAAAGCCAGGACCCGAAAAUUCAUCUCACCGCCGGGGGAGAAAAA